GUCAAAUGACCGUACACAAAGUUGGAAGAAAAUGCAAUAUUUUCAUACAAAAUAUUUCUUCUAUCAAAAUUGUUCUAAAAUAAUAUUUAAAUAAAUAUAUUUUUACACAAUUUGUAAUACAAUUUGCAUAUCUUGAUAGAUGUUGAAUUGAAAAAUGGAAUUUCUUUUUUCUUGUAACAGUUUUGAAAAGGUUCGUUUCGUUCUACGAAUGCAUACAAUGAAAUGAGUACGUUUCAUGCUGGUUCAUACAUUCAGUCAAGUUAACGUUGUUGCUUUGUUUUCGUUUGACCAUGCUAAAGCACAUCAAAUUAUGCUUUGUUGUUAUUCUCAACUCUGUCGCCAAACAUUGCUACGAUAUACAUACAUAUGAACAAUGAAAUUCAUGUUGUUGCCUGCAGUGGCUUGAUUUUGAGAAGAGUUGAAUAUUGGUCGUAAUAUUGAUUCUGUGCAAAAUAUAAAGUAAUAAAUUGAUGGAAUAAGACGUAAAAGUUGCUACGAUUUUGUGUAGAAAAAAAUGCAAUUUUGAUUGCCUAAAGAAAGUGUAGCAUUGAAAUUCGAAUAAAUGAACUUGAAACAAAUAUGGACAGUGAAGGGAGCAACGACACGGGCAAUGCAGCAACCACUGAGCCGAUUGAAAUAAGCGUCAUAUCGAUAGAUACAGUACAGGAUAUGAUAAUAGUUCAACCAGGUGAAAUAAACCAAGCAAACACUGAUUCGAGUCCAAAUCGCAACGAACAAUCGGUUAACAUCGAUAUCAAUAAUCCUACAGUUGAAUCAAGCAACGAAACAGAUGUCACACCUAGUCGAAAAAAGCGAAAAAGAUCACAGUCUCGGAAAUCAGAUUCACCAAAGAAAGCGCCACCACCAUUGGACAAUGAUGAUGACGACGGAUCCACAUGUUCGAUCUGCUUGGAUACAUGGGAGUGUAAGGGUGAUCAUCGCUUGGUCUCAUUGAAAUGUGGCCAUCUGUUUGGAGAGAGCUGCAUCAAACGAUGGAUCCAUGAAUGUCCGGCUCAAUCAAAAUGUUGCCCGACGUGCAAGAACAAAGCAGUGACACGUGAUUUCCGACCAUUGUAUGCAAAACGAAUCGUAGUUGUCGAUAAAAGUGAAGAGUAUCGCCUACAGGAUCUCUACGAAAUAGAAAAAACAAAAAAUGUUGAACUUCAAAGCACAUGCAGCGCCAUCAAACUCGAACUGGCCGUUUUGAAAGAAGAGUAUUCGAAGCUCGAGCUCGAAUGCAAUCGGCUCAAAAAGCACGGAACAUUCCAUGACGCACCGCACACAUCAUCGCACCGUGAAAUUAUGUACAAAAUGUCGAUGCAUAAGAACAUUGACCUCAGUCGGGAGGGUGGCUGCCGUGCCAUGACCUAUGGUCGUCGCAUUCAAACUUUGAUUCUAUCACAAAAGUCAGGUGUUACUCUGUUUCCAGGCUAUGGCGUUCGCUUUGUUAGCGCAUACAAUUUGCAACCGACCGUUUUCUUUCGUAUGUCAACGAAAAUGAUUCGCGAUUUAUCACUGGACAGUGAUGAAGAAUUGCUAGCGGCAGCUUCCCAGGAUAUAAAUGCAUACAUUUACAGUGUUACCAAUAAUACGCCAGUUGCCACAAUCACCCCGUCGACAAGUCAAAUCUGGGCAACGUCAUUUGAUAAAACUCGACCGCGUUACCUCCAUCUCGGCUCCCAGCAGGGCAUCACAUACAUUUACGACGUUCGUAAUUGUAUGUCAUAUGUUGAGCAACUACCAACGCCAGGUGAUUUUAGUCCGGUUAUUGGCAUCCAAUCGAUUCCUGUGUCGAAUGACUUUCGCUUCGGCGGUUUCAUCGUGUGCAAACUGCAAAGUUUGUGGUUCUAUGAAUACACUGGUUCAGAGCGUAUCGAACAAAGCAAAUUGACAGUCGACGGACCAUUCGCUUCUAUUAGCUACGACGACCAAACAAAUGCACUACUCAUUGCCACACGUAUAAGUUCAAAGUAUCCACAGACCCGUCUGAUUGUGGCGAAUUUGUCAAAAAUCGAUCAAACAACAGUAUUACGAACGGUAUGCACAAUUUACGGAUCUCGAACGCAGUCCGUGAUGUCACGCAGCACGCAGAUGACCGUUGGAAAUGACUCGCUCGUUGCAAGCUACUUGCAAGACACGAAAACCGUGAGUAUGUGGAACGCAAAGAAUGGCAUCAAAAUGCAAGGAUUCAACGUUGACGACUGCAUCAUGGACAUGUGUCCGAUGUACUUGAAUAAUGCAGCAUUUUUGGCUACGCUCAGUGACAACAAAUGCCGAAUAUUCCAGGUCAAUUCCGUUUAAAUUAUCUAUUUGCCACAGUUUUGUUUCUUAAGUUUUGAUAAGUUUCCUUCUUCAAUUGAAAAUUGUUUGCGAGUAAUAAGUACGCAAAAGUGCUAAA